GUGCCGCGCUAAACAGUGUCACAGCGUCGUGCUAAAACAACGAAAUGAAAGCAUCUAAGGCCAGAUGAACUGUGACGCGUCGUAGCAAAAGUGAAGUAGAAUAGUAGAUUCGCAUUCGCUGCGUUUCGUAGGAGGAAAACGGGAUCGCGGCAUAAUAAAUAGUGGCGUACGAGAGACAAAGCAUAUUCUUACAGCGAAGAGUGAGUGUGUUACAAUCACCAUCGCAACGAGUGUUCAAUUAAGCAGAAGAGUGAGUUUCAAUGGCGGAGAAACCCCAAUCAGUUCGCGUCUUAUACUGUCCGGUUUGCAGUCUCCCUGCAGAGUAUUGCGAAUUUGGACCUGAUUUUGAGAAAUGCAAGCCGUGGUUGAUUGAGAAUGCUCCUGAACUAUACCCCGAUCUUCUCAAAGACAGCAAUGACAAGGAAGCUGAUAAAGUUUCUGAGCAGCUCAAAUCGGUUGGAAUUUCUUCCAGUGGCGGUGAUGGAACUACUACUGCAGCUCCUUCGGGGGGUACCUCAACAUCUAAGCAAGAAGUAAAACGACUUCCUGGUGGGAAGAUAAAGAAGAAAGAGAAGCAAGAAGUUGUUAUUGAAAAGAUUGUGCGCAACAAGCGGAAAUGUGUCACUGUUGUGAAAGGGCUGGACCUCUUUGGUGUUAAACUAAGUGAUGCUUCAAAGAAGCUUGGGAAAAAAUUUGCGACAGGAGCAUCUGUUGUUAAGGGGCCAACUGAAAAGGAGCAAAUUGAUGUACAAGGAGACAUAGCUUAUGAUAUUGUGGAGUUCAUUACAGAGACCUGGCCUGAUGUGCCAGAAACUGCUAUUUUCUUCAUUGAAGAUGGUAGGAAGGUCGCUGCUGCUUGAGUUGGUGUCAAGGCAAGAAAGUGCUCAGUGCUGACUUAUGACUGAAUUAACAUAAUUAAACUUUUGUUGUGCCAGGGAAAUGGGGCAUCCUGUCUUCACUCCAGGCCGGUGUUUUGCACCCAAAUUUCUCUGUUUUAAGUAAAAAAACGACCACCGUUGGAUUCUAAGAGAUGAAAUCUGAUAUAAAUGUUAUAUAUUUUCUUUAUAUAUUGAUAGAUAUUAAUUUGAUAUGAUUUUCAGUUAAGAAAAGUAUGCUUGGAACUCGA